AUGAGCUGGUGCAGAAGGCCAAACUGGCCGAGCAGGCUGAGCGAUAUGAUGACAUGGCAGCCUGCAUGAAGUCCGUAACUGAGCAAGGAGCUGAAUUAUCCAAUGAGGAGAGGAAUCUUCUCUCAGUUGCUUAUAAAAAUGUUGUAGGAGCCCGUAGGUCAUCUUGGAGGGUCGUCUCAAGUAUUGAGCAAAAGACGGAAGGUGCUGAGAAAAAACAGCAGAUGGCUCGAGAAUACAGAGAGAAAAUUGAGACCGAGCUAAGAGAUAUCUGCAAUGAUGUACUGUCUCUUUUGGAAAAGUUUUUGAUCCCCAAUGCUUCACAAGCAGAGAGCAAAGUCUUCUGUUUGAAAAUGAAGGGAGACUACUACCGUUACUUGGCCGAAGUUGCUGCUGGUGAUGACAAGAAAGGGAUUGUGGAUCAGUCACAACAAGCAAACCAAGAAGCUUUUGAAAUCAGCAAAAAGGAAAUGCAACCAACACAUCCUAUCAGAUUGGGUCUGGCCCUUAACUUCUCUGUGUUCUAUUACGAAAUUCUCAACUCCCCGGAGAAAGCCUGCUCUCUUGCAAAGACAGCUUUUGAUGAAGCCAUUGCUGAACUUGAUACAUUAAGUGAAGAGUCAUACAAAGACAGCACGCUAAUAAUGCAAUUACUGAGAGACAACUUGACAUUGUGGACAUCGGAUACCCAAGGAGAUGAAGCUGAAGCAGGAGAAGGAGGGGAAAAUUAACCGGCCUUCCAACUUUUGUCUGCCUCAUUCUAAAAUUUACACAGUAGACCAUUUGUCAUUCAUGCUGUCCCACAAAUAGUUUUUUUUGUUUACGAUUUAUGACAGGUUUAUGUUACUUCUAUUUGAAUUUCUAUAUUUCCCAUGUGGUUUUUAUGUUGAAUAUUAGGGGAGUAGAGCCAGUUAACAUUUAGGGAGUUAUCUGUUUUCAUCUUGAGGUGGCCAAUAUGGGGAUGUGGAAUUUUUAUACUAGUUAUAAAUGUUUGGCAUAGUACUUUUGGUACAUUGUGGCUUCACAAGGGCCAGUGUUAAAACUGCUUCCAUGUCUAAGCAAAGAAAACUGCCUACAUAUUGGUUUGUCCUGGUGGGGAGUAAAAGGGAUAAUUGGUUCCAGAUACAGGUGUAGUUAUUGUGGAUACUUUAAGGUUUAGAGCACUUACAAGGCUGUAGUAGAAAUGGGUAUCCCAUAGAUACUACAUGUGAACCACAAGUAUCUGUGGAAUACUCAUUCUCAAUGUGCACACCUUUGACUACAGUUUCAGAAGUGUUCCUUUAGUUGUGACCCAAUUUACUCUGGAUAAGGGCAGAAACGGUUCACAUUCCAUUAUUUGUAAAGUUACCUGCUGUUUGCUUUCAUUAUUUUUGCUACACUCCUUUUAUUUGUAUUUAAAUGUUUUAGACAACCUAAGAACAAAUGUACAAGUAAAGAUGCAGUAAAAAUGAAUUGCUUGAUAUCCAUUACUUUAUGUAUAUCAAGCAUAGCAGCAAAACAAAAAUCCCAUGUAUUUAACUUUUUUUUUUUUUAGGGUUUUUUUUUGUUUGUUUUGUUUUGGUUUUUUGCUUUUGUGAUUUUUUUUUUUUUUGAUACUUGCCUAACAUGCAUGUGCUGUAAAAAUAGUUAACAGGGAAAUAACUUGAGAUGAUGGCUAGCUUUGUUUAAUGUCUUAUGAAAUUUUCAUGAACAAUCCAAGCAUAAUUGUUAAGAACACGUGUAUUAAGUUCAUGUAAGUGGAAUAAAAGUUUUAUGAAUGGACUUUUCAA